CAGCAUUACAAAUGUCACAAGGCAAUGUGGCUUAAUAAAAGGUAAAACGGAAAUAAUUUUGGUAAUGUGGCAUGUGGGCAUAAUACAAAUGGUGCAAACUUAAUUGUAGGCAUUGUGGCAUGUUGAUAUGCUAAAAUAGAGGUAAACUGAAAUAAUUGUAGGCAGUGUGGCAUGUGGGAAUGUGAUAUGAUGAGGACAUAGUAAAAUGGUGUCAAACUGAAAUAUGUAGCCAUGUGGGCAUAAAUAAAAGGGAUGCAACUUGAAGUAAAUACAGUUUGUGACAUCAUGUGGGCAUAAUAAAAGGAGGCAAACUGAAAUCAAUGUACACAGUGUGGCCUGAGGGCAAUGUGGAAUGAAUAGAGUAACAAAACAUAGAACUUAGUAUUAUACACCCAACAUUUUAGCUUUAGGAAGGGGGUCACCAAAUGUAUUUUUGGGUUUAGCUUUGUUUUUUGUUUUUUUUUGAACCUCUAAAUACCCUGGUCUGAGAGGUGGAUAUCACUGUAGUGAUUAUGAUGCUUGAAGUGUUCCUUGAAACGUAGUUGUGACCUAGUACUAGAUUGCUGAUAUCCAAAAAUUACUAUCGGAUUAAUUUUUAUGAUGGAAAAAUGUUACUUGCCUAUAAUGUGUCAGAGGUUUCCAUUGUCGUGCAUGACUGAUUUUUUUUAUUUAUUUCCCCAACACAAAAACUGUAGAUGUUGACUCGCCCAGUAGCCGUGAAGUUACAAAGCUACUCUACCCUUUGUUUCUCUACCUUCACUUGGAGAUGAUACGGAACAGCCUGAAAAGUGCAGUGGACAGCUUUUACAGUCGCUUCCAUGGCAUGUUCUUGCAAAACCCAGGCCAGAGGGACAUUAUUGAGAAUCUUCAGACCACCAUGACAAUACAGGACAUACACUCUAACUCUAAACUGAGAAUGCUGCUGGAUAAUAAGUAUGUUGUGCACCUUGAAGAGGAAAGCUACAAUUUUCUUCUCCGCUACCUCCAGAGUGAAAACAACACUGCUUUGUGCAAAGUUCUCACACAGCACAUCCAACUUGAUGUACAACCAAUCAAAAGGACGGAAUACCAGAUAUAUGCAAGUUGUGGGUCUUUAUCACGAGGCGAGAACAGUCUUGACCCACCAGAUGUGCCAGCUCCUAUUUUGCAGAACGAAGCAGCUCUUGAACAGCUACAGGAUUGUAUCAAACGAGUGAAAGAUGGUCCACCCUCUCUCACCACCAUUUGUUUCUAUGCUUUCUAUAACACAGAGCAACUCUUGAAUACAGCAGAAAUUUCUCCUGACAGUAAACUUCUGUCUUGUGGGUUUGAUAACUCUUGUGUGAAAUUGUGGAGUCUCCAAACAAAGAAGCUAAAAGCCGAAGAACACAAAGUGGAUGUGUCUCGUAUACGGCUAGCAUGUGACUUUCUAGAGGAGGAGGUAAGGUAGUUCUGAAGAAAUUUCUUUUGCAUUUCUUGUGACUCGAAUGUUUUUGGGGGAGGGGUGUGUGUGUGGGGCGGUGUGUGUGUGUGUGUGUGGUGGAAGGGCAAAUUCAUAAAUUAUAUUAAACAUUUGUAAUUUUAAAAAUACUUUUUAUAUCCCCCCUCCCUGCUUACCUUUGCCUGGGAGGGGGGACAUUUACUGCACUUCAUCGUGAUCUGAUGGAGAAUCCCUGGUGGUCCCAGUGGUUAGAGUGAACUCUAGCAGCCUCAGGAGAUGCUAGAGUUCAAAACAAACUUGUUUUCCUGGCACUAUAGGGUCAUUAGGUACCCCCCACCCUGAUAGCCCCCCUUCAGCCACUUAGCUUUCUCCAGCGCCGGGCUCCCUCGGCACUGGUGACCUCUCCUCCUCCUGCCGACGUCCGCGCCGCAAGAGCCGCGCGCGCAUUCAAACUGCCCAUAGGAAAGUCUUACUCAAUGCUUUUUCUAUGGACGUCCAGCGUCUUCUCACCGUGAUUUUCACAGUGAGUAUCAUGGAAGCGGCCUCUAGUGGUUGUCAGGGAGGCAGCCACUGGAGGCUGGAUUAACCCUCCGUUCUCUGUGUUAAGACACCCCGGAGACCUAGGAGUGAAACCGCCGUUUAGUUGAGCUUUCCCCUUCACAAUCUUGCCAUCUCCGUUCGUAUAGAAUUCAGCGUAGGAACCACAACCAGGGGAAAGCGGUAAUCUCCCGAAUGGGAUCCGUAAGAGUGCUCCAAACUCCCGAACAAUAAUCCACGAAUCGUCUCUAACCACCGAACAAACAUAUCCUCCAAGCGGCUUACGGUUCCAGUAAUCAGUCUCUAUCCGUCGGUAGUAAAUCCCCCCCAAUAACGAGACACUUGGUGGACAAAUGUGAGACUUGUAAUGACAGACAGACAUAUGGCACUUUCAGACAUACAGGCACAAAAUAUUCUCAUAAUGCAUCCCGGUUUCCUCCCCUCUGCCCUGGAUAUAAUUGAGAAGUAAUUCAAUUAUCUCCAGGACAGAGGCAAAUCGCCAUUUUGUGUAAGACACAAAAACACAUGAAAAUAAAUAAUUACACAACUACCGAACAUGUUACAUUCGUGCAACGUACCCCCUAUAGCCUGGAUCUGAGUGCAUAUUCUUAGCGAAUAGCGCUCAGAUCCCAUACGUCCAGUUCAAUCGCCAUGGAGUCAAAGUCUAUUACAGUCUUUCGGUAUGCGAUUGACUCCAUGGGAUGGCUAUCGGGGUUAAGUCCAUUCGUAUAAUCCAAACUCCCGAACAGCCGGUGUUCACAUGCCUUGUCGACUGAGAAGGGCAGUCUGCGGGUUCGGCAGAAAGAGUGUCCGUUUUUAGUUCCAUAGAAUCUGCGCUGAACACCGCUGGUCUUUCGCAAGGUUUAAAAUGGCCGCCGCCUCAUGGUCGACAUACGAACGACGACCACCCUGCAUUCGGUUGUAAUUAAGAGGUGUCUGCGGUUAACGUUCUAAUUGGGAUCAAGAGGUUAACCAGCAGCACACUCCUUUUCUGGGUGGCUGUCCGUUUGGUAAGUUCAUUCGGUAGAUAGACAAAAAGACGAAUAGGGGGAUACGAACGGGCAAUUCCACGAAAAGGAAGGCAAAUUAGACAAACCAGCAAUAAUUCCUGUCUCCUUUUUCUUAGAAAGGUUAAUGCUAAUAACCCUUUACUUAGCGUGUAUCAAGCCCUGAGGCACAAUUGUUGUAACCACCUGCUUUGCCUCCUUUUUUUUUUUUUUUUUUUUUUUUGGUCAGCAAGUAUGCUGACUUCAUCCAGCUUCUCGUCCAAUCCAGUGCUUGCCCUGCUCCAUGAAUCAAACGCUUUCUCAUGGAGAGGUAUUGAAGCAUCAGAGGGCAUUCAACGUUUGUGAGAUUGUUGGACGUCAAACAACUCUGUAGGUGCGGAAGCGCCAUCUACAGGAGUGUUUCGAAUUUCUAUGUAAACAUUGGCAUAUCUCCAAAAUGUUGGUGUUUUAUUUAUAUACAUACAUACAUACAUACACACACACUCCAGUCCUUGCACUCAGAUAUACCCUGCAGCACUGUGCAAUAAAUAGCCACAACCAUAAUAUAAGUAUGGUCUAGCACUCACGGUCUUGUAGUAAAAUAAAAGUUCUUUAUUCGGUUAUUCUUAAAAUCGUUGUUUCAGCCCACGUCCGGGGCUUUCCUCAGGAUCAACAAACAAUCUACUAGCAUAAUAUGCAAGAAUAUAUAGCCCAAAAGAAAGAGACUCACCGCAGGUGAUGCCAGUUAAUUGAUCGGCGUCCUCCCAGUGUGUGUGUGCGCAUGCACGUAGCGCGAUUACGUUAUCACGGCAACCUCUCCUAUAAUGGGUGCCUUAUACAAACAAAGUGUUAGGAGAUGCGGUGCAUAACGAUAGAAUAUAAGAAUUAAGUUAACUAAUAUAUGAUGUAGAGCAGGUAAUAUAUACAUAAUAGCCACAAACAGUAUGUGAUAACAUUAUGGGCGGCAUGUUUAUGCGAUAAAAAUUUAAGUGUGCUUGACGAUUAAGUAAAGUGCCUGUGAAUUAAUUAAUCAAGAUACUAUGUAAUAGCCAAUAUCAAUAAAGUGCCAUAGUGUGAAAGAAAUUAAAAAUAAAAUAAGUAGUCACUGUGAAGUAAAUACACACAUGCCAGUGAGCUGUGGUUAGAAAUAGUGGGUAAUGUGUACUAACCCCAUAUGGUGUAUUUAUACAUAAUACACAAUACAUUAUAUAAAUAAUGGAAAAACAAUAUCAUUGCAGUUAAUUAGAAAACCUCUUCCAUAAUCGUAAAAAUGGAAAUACACUCGAUCAACACUUAGUCAAAAAAGGAUUAUCACAUAAUGGGGAAAAAAAAUUAAAAAUAAUGAAAAUUAAUGUCCCGGUAAUUGCAAUUAUGUUGUUCUUCCAUUAUUUAUAUAAUGUAAUAUGUGGAUUACCGUAUAUACUCGAGUAUAAGACGAGUUUUUCUGCACUUCUUUUGUGCUGAAAACCCCCCACUCGUCUUAUACUAGAGUCAGUGUCUGUAUUAUGGCAACUUACAUUGCCAUAAAACAGACCAAGACCGCCGGGCUCAUUACAAGCCCGGCGGGCCUGUUGGGGGCUGGGAGCAAGCCGUUACUUACCUUUACAGCAUCUCCGUUCAGCUCCCUUCUCCUCCGUGCCGUUCAGCUCCCAGUGUAAAUCUCGCGAGAGCCGUAGCGUCCGCUCCACGCGGCGCGCAAACCGCAAGUUUUACACUGGAGCUGAGCGGCACGGAGGAGAAGGGAGCUGAACAUAACUGCUGUAAAGGUAACAGCUUGCUCAUAGCCCCCCUCCCUGGCCAGCUAACAAGCAGGGAGGGGGGACAAAAAAAUUAAAAUGUAAAUAUUCUAAUAAAAAUUAAUAUUAAAAUAAAAAAAUAAUAAAAUGCCCCACCAAGGUUACACGCUCUGCAUCACAUACACAAACACACACACAGUGUAAAUAAAUAUUAAAUUAAUAUAGUUUUUUGGGGGAUCUAAUUUUAUUUAGAAAUUUACCAGUAGCUGCUGCAUUUCCCACCCUAGUCUUAUACUCGAGUCAAUACGUUUUCACAGUUUUGGGGGGUAAAAUUAAGGGCCUCGACUUAUAUUCGAGUCGACUUAAAUUCGAGUAUAUAUGGGAUGUAUAAAUACACCAUAUGGGUGUAUUUAUGGGUGUACACAUUACCCACUAUUUCUAACCACAGCUUACUGGCAUGUAUGUAUUUACUUCACAGUGACUACUUAUUAUUUUAUUUUUAAUUUCUUUCACACUAUGGCACUUAAUAUAGUAUCUUGAUUGAUUAAUUCACAGGCACUUUACUUGAUCGUCAAGCACACUUAAAUUUUUAUCGGAUAAACAUGUCGCCCAUAAUGUUAUCACAUACUGUUUGUGGCCACUAUGUAUAUAUUACCUGCUCUACAUCAUAUAUUGGUUCACUUAACUUGAUUCUUAUAUCCAUCUUUAUACACCGCAUCUCCUAACACUUCGUUUGUAUAAGGCACUUACCAUGACACCCAUUAUAGGGGAGGUUGCCAUGAUAACGUAAUCGCGCUACAUGCAGCAGUUCCGGGUAUGCGCGCGCACACACUGGGAGGACGCCAAUCAAUUAACUGGCAUCACCUGCGGUGAGUCUUUCUUUUGGGUUAUAUAUUCUUGCAUAUUAUGCUAGUAGAUUGUUGUUUUUGUUGAUCCUGAGGAAAGCCCCGGACGUGGGCUGAAACAACGAUUAAGAAUAACCGAAUAAAGAACUUUAUUUUUACUACAAGACCGUGAGUGCUAGCCCAUACUUAUAGAUAUAUAUACACACAUAAAUAAUAUAUCUCAUAUCUCAUUCUCUCUUUCUCUCGCUCUAUUCUCCUUUUUAAGCUCUAUUGUGUUCCUUGCCGUUUGUAGGAUAGAAUAAAAUACUAGACAUUUUAACAACUCUUUAAAUCAACUUGACUGUUCUUGUAUCACUACUUUUACAUACUUAUUUUGUUAAAAUGAGUUGCUAAACAUUUUGGUUUGAUGUUUUUACUUAUUUUUGAAUUUUAUUUGUAUAGGCUGACCAUGAUCAAGCAAGGACUGAAGUGAAGAUACUUAGAGGGCAUUGUGGACCUGUUUACCGCACCCGUUUCCUUUCUGACAGCUGUGGACUAUUGUCCUGCUCUGAGGAUGCAUCCAUUCGUUAUUGGGAUCUUGCAAGCUUCACCAACACCGUUUUAUACCAAGGCCAUGCAUACCCUGUAUGGGACUUGGAUGUUAGCCCUUGCAACCUGUUUUUUGCCAGUGGUUCUCAUGAUCGAACGGCAAGGCUUUGGUCAUUUGAUAGGACAUAUCCACUUAGGAUAUAUGCUGGGCACCUAGCAGAUGUGGAUUGUAUAAAGUUUCACCCCAAUUCAAAUUACCUUGCAACAGGAUCCUCAGAUAAAACCGUGCGGCUGUGGAGCACUCAGCAGGCUAGUUCUGUAAGACUUUUCACUGGACAUCGGGGUCCCGUAAUGGCUCUUGCUUUUUCACCUAAUGGGAAGUACCUUGCUUCUGCUGGUGAAGAUCAGCGCCUAAAAUUAUGGGAUUUGGCCUCCGGAACACUUUAUAAGGAAUUGCGAGGACAUUCAGACAAUAUUAACAGUCUCUCAUUCAGCCCAGAUAGCAGCUUGAUUGCCUCUGCAUCAAUGGAUAACUCUGUUCGAGUUUGGGAUAUCCGUAAUACUUAUUGCAAUACCCCAUCUGAUGGUUCUUCUAGCGAGCUAGUUGGUGUGUACACGGGACAGACCAGUAAUGUUUUAAGUGUUCAAUUUAUGGCCUAUAACCUACUUAUGGUGACUGGGAUUGCUUAAAAAAAAAAAGUAAUGUAUGCUAUUUAUGUGUAGUAAUGAUCAUGUAUCAGUAAGGAAUUCUGAGGAUAGAUAUAAAAGCAGUUUAAUUUUCCACUGCAAACUUUUUUUUUUUGUGUGUGUGUAAACUUUCACUUGUAAAAGCAGAUGUUAAAAAUGCACUGCACCUACUACAGAGUUAAAAUAUCCGUUCCUCCUUUUUUUUUUUAAAUGUAAAUAAAUAUUACUACAUCUUCAGCAUAAAACAGGCAAUAACUUUUUUUUUUUUGUAUGUGAAAAUAAUGAAGAGUCAUACCUCCCAACAAUGGGAGGAGUGGAAUUAGGAUGCGGUAGGGGGAGGCACAAGGGGCAUCACAAAUUAUGUGAUCUGACUCACUGGUGAUACCCAUAAUGGGCAGGACCAUUAAUAAAAGGGGGCUGGCCUGCUCACACAGCCUUCCAGCUAGCCAAUGACUUUUAAAAAUCCUCUUUAACACUGCCCACAGUUAUCUCUAAUAUGAGAAGUCAUUCACCAGCAAGGCAAUUUGUAAAUCGGAUGCACCAAAUCAAAUAUAAAAACUCACAAA